UAUAAUUCCGCCGGGUCGUGGUUUUUUCCUAUUUUUUUUUUUUUUCAUUUUCUGCUCUCUCUCUCUCUCUCUCUCUCUCCUUUCUUCUCCUGCCAAUAACGUUCUUCGCGUUCGUAUAAACCGCGCGCAUAUACUCUGUCGUCUUAAUUGCCGCGGCUCGCGACAACAACAACAGCAACAAUAAUAAUAACAUGUACGGGCGCGACGUUUUGUACGCGUACGCGGCCGCGAACCUGUUGGCGAUCUGCUCGGCCGGUCUGGACGGAACGUUUUUCGGCGCCAUGUACGACAGAUUCAAAGAAGACCUGCCGACCACUUUCACUCCGGGUAAGUCACACCGCAGACACGCACGGGGACGAGGACUAGCCCGGGAUUCCCGGCGAACUGCGGGCCACUAUAUUUAUACGUCCGCGAGACGGCCCGACCGACGAAGUGUACCGGUGCACGAAGACAAAUUUGAUUAUAAAACAAAAUUAGAACGACAGUAGUCUGGUAUUCGCCCGAUUAUUUACGAAAAUAAAUAUUAAUUUAAUAAUAUGAAAUACUAUUAUUAUGUGGGUAAUAUAGCAAAGUGAGGCGAAUCAACCGGUUUUUUUAAACUAAUCACAAACAAGUUAUCCUAGAGAAAAAAAAAAUAAUAACUAAGCCAAGUCAAAAUUAACUUUGAGAUUUAAAUGAAUUUGAGUAACUACGUUAAAUUAUACAUUUUCAGUUAAAUGAUAACUUCGUUAAGUUGAAGUGGUUUUUUUUAUAAAUUACCCUUAACCGUAUUUUAAUAUUUAGAAUUUUAUUGGCUUACUAUAUAAGACUCGUAGCCCAUAUCCUUGUAUGAGCCGCAUACCCGGUUUAUUAUGUGAUGAUAUUUAAAAAUACUUAAAUUCCGGCAAAAAAAAAAAAUUUAAAAACCAUAGGUAACUACACAGUUUUAACAAAAAUCGAAAGUAACUCUUUAUAAUUAACUUAUAUUUUAACAAAAUAAUUUAGCUCAGUUAUUUGCUAACAUUUUAUUUUGUUUUUAAGCAGUACCUUUUGACUAUUAAGUUAAGAGUUAACAAAAAUGUAACUUUAUAAGUUAACUUUUAAUUUUUUUACUGGUUAAUGUCUAUUCCUAUAGUCCCUAUUUAGGUUAUGUAGGUUAAUGUGUACAAUAUAUAUAUAUGUUAUACAUACCUAUUUUCAUAAUAUUUUAAACCUCUUUUUUCAUUUUUUGGUUUAAAGGAAACAUAAAUGUUGACAAUGGCCUGUAUAAUUUUUCAAGUACCUAAAUAGUAAAAGAUAAAAGUUAUGUAAAAACUGAUUUAUUUUUUCUAAAAUAAAGUAUAAACUUACAGUAAAAUAUUUAAUUUAAUAUUGUACCGGUUUUCCCGUUUUUCCUACGUUUUUCCCAUGUUUUUUCCGGUUUUUCACAUUUACUGAGAAAACUCUUGGGAAAAUCAAAAAAUGAAAUACCUCUCUAUAGUACCUUCCCAGUCCGAUUUCCUUUUAUAAAAAGUGCUAUCAUUGUAAAUCGGAGCAAAAAUGCUGGUAGAAAAGUUAUUCACUGAAAAAAAAAAUCUUAAUAUUUUACUAAUAUAUUUCUUCCGUUUUUCCUACGUAUUUUUUGAUUUUUCACAUUUGAUGAGAGAACUCCUGAGGAAAUCGAAAAAUGACCUCCUUAAAGUACCACCCCAAGAAAAUUUUUUUUUAAACAAGGGUCUACAUUGUAUUCACCGGAGUAAGAUUUCUGGUAGAAUUUGUGUACAUAGUAUAUAAAAAAAAAAUAAACAUCUUUGUAAAACCAAUUUAUUCUUCGCUACACUCAGAAUCUAAAAUAUGAAAUCAUUAAAAAUAUUUAAGCAAUUAGGCAUGUGCAUUAAAAUAAAUUUAUUAUAGUUUAGCUAUAGACUGCAUAAUUACUAUUGAUAAUAAUAUUAUCAUUAAUAUAUUAUAUUAAUAUACCGAUGGUCGCGUUUAUAACAUAGAUAUCAGAAUAUAAUGGACUGAAAUUUUAUGAUAGUUCAUUGGUACCUUUGUUUUAUGCAUGCAUUAUCUAUAGAUAAUUACUAUUAUUAUAGUAUUUACUAAACAUAUUUUAUAUGUAUGAUAAUAUUUAACAUGACUAAAAAAUUAAAACCAAGCACAACUUUUUUUUCCCGAGGAAACCGAAACUAUUCCUGAACUUCAAAUAAAUGUAUAAAAAAAAAUUCAUGGGUGGGAUAUGACGCACUUAUUCCUCUCUGUGAGCACACCCCUGGUGCAAUGUGGAUGUGCACGGGCGUCAUUUUAAUUUUUAGAUUCUGAGUAGAGCGAGGAAUGUAUUUAUUUAACAAUGAUGUUUAUUAUUAUUAUUAACUUUUUGACUGUGAACAUAUUUUCUACCAAAAAUCUGGUUCCGAUUUACAAUUUAAGCGCUUUAUCUGAAAGGAAAUUUGACUGGGGUGGUACUUUAAGGAAGUUAUUUUGUGAUUUUCCCAAAAAAUGAUAAAAACGAAGGAAAAACGGGAAAAUAGGUACACUAUUAAACAAAUAUUAUUAAAGAAAAUAUUUAAUGCACAAGUAUUUAUGCAAUUAUUUUAACAUAAUAUGAUAUAUAUAUAUCAUAGCAUAUCAUGAGCAAACAAAUUAAAAUUGAAAUCAACUUAACUUGUUUAAAUAUAAAAUUAACUUUAGUUAAUUAAAAGUUAAUUAUAUUAACUUAUAUUAUAUAUAAUAACUAUAUUAUAUUGUAUUCCUCGAGUUAACAAUUACGUUAAUAUUUAAAAAAAAAUUAAUUUAUUAAGUUAAAAAGUUAACUUUAACUUAUUAGCUCGCUGAUGCCCAGCUUUGUGAAAAAGUACCAGUAUAUGAAUAGUCUAAUAUGAUAUAAUGAGUAGAGUAGUAAUAUUAGUAUAGUAAUAUUAAUAAUAGUGAGUAAUGUUGUAUAGAGUUUAGCGUAGGUAUUUAAUAGACGUGCGCAGAACUUGAGUAAUAUAAAAACAGAAUUUAAUUAUCUUUAUUAUCUCCGGAGAUAAUACAAAGGUAUUAUCUUCAUGGGACACCAUGUAUGGCUUUAAAAUAUAUAAAAGCCGUUACUUAAUGACAAAAACGCGUAGUUUUCUCGGAUAUUUUUUUCGCAAAAUUUUAAAAGCAUACUCCAAUUAGACGAUCUAGAAAAACAAGUACACAUUUCUCCAAAAUAACAAGAAACCCAACGCCGAUGGCUAUAUACGAGGGAGGAGAAAUAAGCUCGACGGCAGUCAUACUUCCGUCUAUAUAAAUAUAAUGUAUAAAAACCACCAUGUUGAAAUCAAACCAAACCGUGUUAUUAUUUUCUGUAAUCUUUUCGAAUUUUUUUUUAAAUUUGCCCCUGCGAUCUUAAUUCAAAUUACAAUCCCGUAUUUAAAUUGCAAAAUGACAAUCUCUUCGGUAUAGAUUUUCGUAAUUCUCCUUUAAAACAAUCAGGUAUUAGUGCGCUUUAAAAAUUCACUCAUACAUAUGAAAACCGUUUGGUAGUAUGAAAAAAAGGCAAGCAACUUUGCACGUGAGUAAGCCGCUGUUGUAGGUGAAAAGUGGGAAAGGUAGUAUAGAGGAAAUGUAAUGUAUAUUAUCUGUAAGCAACGAUAAAGCAUUGCUAACGAAAAUACGAUUCUGAGCGGAGUGAAGUUGAUAGUGUUGCUUUGUUAACAAUAUAUAUGUGCCAUAUUCAGUGUUGCAACUACAUUGAUUUGGCUCGGGAAAAUUUUAUCUCCGUGGUAAUUUAGAGAAGUUGUUUUUUGAUUUUUCAAGUGGUUUUCAUAAUAUCUGGGAAAAACCGAGAAAAUAUGUCGGAAAAACGGAAAAUGUACGAAAUGUAGGUAUUAGUAAAAAAAUAUUACGAUUUUUUUUCUGUCAACAACUUUUCUACCUACAAUUGUCAUCCGAUUUACAAUAAUACUUUUUCUAAAAGGCAAUCUGACUGGGGAACUGAGUACUUUAAGAGGUAAUUUUUCAAUUUUCCAAAAGUUUUCCCAGCAAAUGUGAAUAACCGCGAAAAACAUGAGAAAACGGGAAAAUUGGUACAAUAUUAAACAAAUAUAAUUAAAGAAAAUACAUAAUGCCUAUUUAAUUAGGUAUUUUACCAUAAUAUGACAUAUAUAUUAGGUGUCACUAAAAAAUUCAACAAUAAUAUAAUCUAAGUCAUAACUCAUAAUUUUUUUAUAAUUGAUAUAUUUUUUUUAUUAGUAUAAAUUUGAGGAAUUCAAAAUAAUUUUUAAAGGUAGCUGAAUGAAUUUUAAAAUUAAACAAAAAAAUAAAAAAAAUACUUUAUACAAUAAUAUACAUAUCAUAAAGUAAUUUCAUUUACAUCAUUAUUUAUAAAUAUAUUAAAGUAAAUUACGAAUUAAAGUUCAUUUGUUUGAGUUAGGGAAUCUUUGAUGAUGGUCCUGCAUGGUAUUUGCAAAAUGUAUUACUUCUGGUCUUCAUGUUUAGCUAAUAAAGAAUUAUAAUUCUGUACUAGGUUAAUUCCACGUUCUGCGGUAUAAUUGACUACUUUCAACUCCAUGAUUCUUCUUCUUAGUUUAUUAUAUUCUUCAUCGUUUUCCCAUGUACUUGAAUGAUAUUUAAAAAAAUUGUGAAAAUAAUGUGUAGCAUUUUUAUCACUUAAUUUGGCCCUAUCUAAGGCAAAAGCUAAUUCAGGAGUUACAAUAUUAUUAGGUCUAUUAUUAAAUUUUUGUUUCUUUGCCUUAUUUUCUAAAUAUUCUUCAUCAUAUUGAGAACUUAUUUCAGUUUCACUUAAAUUUGGUUCUUUUACAAAAUUUGAGUUAGACAACCUUUCGACUUCUUUUUUUCCUGUUUUCUUCUUUUUUUUCUAAUUUCUCUACGUUUUUCUGUUAAACUUAAUCUUUUAUCAAAUGAAACCACACAAUCACCUCGUAUACCUUUCUCUCUCUGAGCAAUUGAAAAUUGUUUGUCUUCUGGAAUUGUCAUACAAACUAAACCAUCAGCAUGAGCAAUAUCAAAAAUGUCAUUUAUUGGUUCUUUAAACUAAUUUUUUUUUUUUAUGUUUAUCAGUGUGUUUUUUUUGCGUUUUUUUCUAAUGAUUGCCAAGAACUAUGAAUAUUUUUUUAUUUUAGUUAUAAUACGACAAUCUAAUUUUGUUGGUGUUAUUGCCUUUUCCCAAAAUAUAUAUUAUAUAUUGUUGACAAAGCAUCACUAUCAACUGAACUGCGCUCAGAAUCGUUUUUUCGUUAGCAAUGGUUUAUCGUUAUUACAGAUAUACAUUAUUUAUCUAUAACAGUGGUUGAACCCAUCUAAAUUAUCUUAGGACGUAUUUUUUUUAAACAAAUUAAAAAAUAAUAGAUAUCCAUAUUAAUUGUGAUAUAAAUAAAAAUAUACAAAUAUAGAUAUCAUUUUGUAAAAAGUUUACCUAUCUAAUAUUAUUUGUAUUUACCUUCAAUAACAUUAUAUAUUCUAUUUAAUCAAUAAAUAAAUUAAUACUCGUACAAUAAUACAUUUUAUUAAAUACCUAUAAUGUUUUGUUUGAUUUUUAAACCGAACUCAAACACAGUUAAAACACUCUGAUUUUGGUUUGAAAACCAAAUAGUUCUUAACAUCUUUAUUAAACAUACACUAUGAACAUAGUCAAUUACAUAUGCAACAGUUUAUUUUAGAAGAAAAACAAUUAACUUACAUAGAUAAGUUUAAAAUCGUAAAAAUAUAAAUCAAAUUGUAAAAAAUAUAGUGAUGAGCACAAUAGUGGUGAUAAGCUGUAAAUGAUAAUGCAUCGUUUUAUAAAAUAAUAUAAUUUUAUACAUCGAUGUGAUAAUGAUAAUGUUUGUAUGAUAACGUAGUAAUCGGCCAUCUUGUAGCCGUUCGGAUUUUCUGUCUCCAGACGCUUGUGUGAACUUGUCGUCUUAUCAUUUUUUCUAAUAAUUGGAACAUUCCCCGUUUGAUGAGAUGUGGUGGAUUAAAUGUAUUUGUUAUCUCAUUUUUUUUAUAGCGAUAGCCGAUAAUAGUUAUAGUAUUUAUUUAUUUUUAUUAUUAUUAUAAAUUUAUAGAUUUAGGUUUCAUGAUAACACUACUUAUAACGUUCCUUUAAUAUUUCAUGGUGCCAUCACAAAUGAAUUAAGGAACACAAUAUGGUGUAUCUUAAAUCGUAUGAUAAAUAAAAAACGAGUAUAAUUUUUGUCAUUCUAUCCUUGUAUCUUUUAUAUAGUCUAUAAUUUAAAAUAAUACUUUUAAUAUAUAAUAAUUAAAUAUAUUAUCAUCGUGCUUUGUACUCGGAAGUAAAAGUGUAUUCAUGGAAUAAAAAAAUGCAUAUUAGGUGGCCAGCCGUGUUUUUGAGAACAUGUGAUAAAGCUACAUAGCUUAUCGAUUUUUUAUUAUCUAUUAUGGUGUUGAAUUAUAAUUUAUAAAACGCUUCAGUUUAUCGCGUUCCGCCCAUCCGGGAACUUCGCCCCUCUUACAAUUGUUAUAGGAGUGGCCUAUCGAUUUCUUUAUUAUCUAUAACCUCGUGGUUACGGUCCACUUACAAACGAUCAAUUUCUUACUUGUCAUUUCCGACGUGAUAAUUUUGUGCUUUGCUGUUGGGAGUAAAUAAUUUUUAUUCAUUCGCCGUUAUUAAAAAUGCAUGCGUCGUACGUAGUAUGACUAAUCAUAUUUUAUUUUUAUUCACAAAUCACUAUAGUCAAACGUAAUUGGAUUCUGAUAAAUCAAACUACGCGUGUUCCGUGAUCAUAGUUACCGUUGUGAUACAAAGGCAUUCCACGAUUUGGUUUUGUUGUUCGAUGUCUGGCGCUGAAGUAUUAGACACCACCUGUGAACUGAUGGCCGAGAAGCGUAAACUGGCUUUCGGUGAAUUGUCUGCAGUGGUAUCCUCUGACUCUGUGGCAGUCAAUCAGGUAAUAAUGUCUAAGAACGGCGUAGGAGAAAUCGAUGAGGGUUUUUAUUCGCGUCAGCUUUACGUUUUGGGUCAUGAUGCAAUGCGUAAAAUGGCCUCAUCCGACGUGCUAAUCAGUGGGCUUGGCGGAUUGGGCGUUGAAAUUGCCAAGAAUGUCAUACUCGGUGGUGUUAAAUCCGUCACAUUGCAUGAUUCCGUUGUUUGUACUUACAGAGACUUGUCGUCCCAGUUCUACUUUUCGGAAAAAGAUAUUGGAAAGAAUAGGGCUGUUGUCAGUUACCCAAAGUUGGCAGAACUCAAUUCAUAUGUACCAGUUAAAGCAUACACUGAAGUUUUGUCCGAUUCUUUUAUCAAGCAGUUCAAAGUAGUAGUUUUAACAGAAGCCACAUUAGAUGAACAAUUACGCGUAUCAGAUAUUACACAUCCAAAUGGAAUUGCUCUUAUAAUCGCUGACACAAGAGGUGUAUUUUCACAAGUGUUCUGUGACUUUGGUGAGGAUUUUGUUGUGAUAGACUCUACUGGUGAAAACCCAAUUUCUGUAAUGGUGGCUGGAAUUACAAAGGAUGAACAAGGAAUAGUUACGUGCCUGGAAGAGUCUCGUCAUGGUUUCCAAGAUGGAGAUUAUGUAACCUUUGAAGACGUAAAAGGUAUGACUGAAAUAAAUGGUUGCGAACCAAAAAAAAUUACAGUGUUGGGACCAUAUACAUUUAGUAUUGGUGACACCACGUCUUAUUCAGAUUAUAUUAAAAGUGGUAUUGCUACACAAGUAAAAAUGCCGAAAAAGUUGAAUUUCAAAUCAUUAGGAGAUUCUUUAGAAGAACCAGAAUAUCUAAUUUCAGAUUUUGGUAAAUGUGAUAGACCAACUCAAUUGCAUUUGGCAUUUAUAGCUUUACACAAGUUUGUUUCAGUCAACCGUCGAUUUCCUACUCCCUGGAAUUUAGAAGAUGCUAAUGCGUUUUUAAAAUUAACUGAGAGUGUCAAUACAACUUCUGUUGAACUUGAUGUCGAUUUAAUAAAAACUUUUUCUAGCGUUUGUGCUGGUAAUAUUAAUCCUAUGACGUCUUUUAUUGGUGGUAUUGUAGCACAAGAAGUCAUGAAAUCAUGUUCUGGCAAAUUUAGCCNUUCAAUGGUUUUAUUUUGAUGCCACAGAAACUUUGCCUAAAAGAGUCACAGAAGAAGAUGCUAAACCUGUUGGUAAUCGUUAUGACGGUCAAGUAGCUGUGUAUGGACAAAAAUUCCAAACUAUUUUAGGAAAUCUGAAAUAUUUUGUUGUUGGAGCUGGAGCUAUCGGUUGUGAAUUGUUAAAAAAUUUUGCAAUUAUGGGUGUUGGGUGUGGUAAUGGUAAAAUUAUUGUAACGGACAUGGAUUUAAUUGAAAAAUCUAAUUUAAACAGACAGUUUUUGUUUAGAUCUCAUGAUGUUCAAACGUCAAAAUCAGAAACAGCUGCCAAAGCUAUAAAACAAAUGAAUCCUAAUGUAAACGUGGAUCCACAUACAAAUAAAGUUUGUCCAGAAACAGAACAGACAUACAAUGAUACUUUUUUCAAUAAUUUGGAUGGCGUGGCUAAUGCUUUAGAUAAUGUUAAUGCUCGUAUAUACGUGGAUAGACGUUGUGUUUACUAUAAAAAACCUCUUUUAGAGUCUGGAACUUUGGGUACAAAGGGCAAUACUCAAAUUGUUUUACCAAUGCUUACUGAAUCAUAUAGCUCAUCCCAAGAUGCUCCAGAAAAAUACAUACCAAUUUGUGUUUUGGAACGUUUCCCGUAUACUACCGAACAUACAUUACGAUGGGCUAGAGAUUUCUUUAAUGUAAUAUUUACAGAAAUUCCCAAAAAAAUUAAAAGGAUUUUAGAAAACCCUAAUCUUGCCCAACGCAAUAAAUAUUUAUCCAGAUUACAAUCAGCAGAAACUACUGUUAGAAAGUCAGUGACAGAAUCCCCCAAAAAUUUUGAUGAUUGUAUUGAAUGGGCAAGACUGCAGUUUGAAGAUCAAUUUAAUAAACAAAUCAAGCAACUUUUAAUAAAUUUUCCACCAGAUAAAACAACAACUAGUGGGCAUCCAUUUUGGUUGGAACCCAAACGUUGUCCUAAACCAAUCAUGUUUGAUAUAAAUAACACAUUGCAUUUGGACUAUAUUUUUACAGCAGCCAAUUUAAGGGCAGAAACAUAUAACAUUAACCAGAUUAGAGAUCGUAUCUAUAUAGCCAAUGUUGUGUCUUCAGUAAAAAUUCCUGAAUUUGUUCCAAAGAAUAAUUUAAUGAUUCCUAAAAGAAAUUCACAUCGCAGAUUAAAAGGGUUAUCAAAUUUCAAUAAAAAUAAACUAAAUAUUAAACCAGAGGAUUUACCAUCAGUAGAUUCUUUUAAUGAUUUUAAAAUUGUUCCUUUAAAAUUUGAAGAAGAUGAUAAUUUACAUAUUGAUUUUCUUAAGACUGCAUCUAAUUUAAGAGCUAUUAAUUAUGAAAUUCAACUUGCUGGAAGAGAUGAAGCCAAACUUUUUGGUGGUAAAAUUAUUCCAGCCAUUGCUACAACGUCAUCAGUUGUUGCUGGUCUGGCUUGUCAAGAAUUUAUUAAAUUGGCUUGGGGAAUUAAGGAAUUGAAAAAGUACAAAAAUGGUUUCAUUAAUUUAGCCCUACCAUUCUUUGGUUUUUCUGAGCCAUUAACUGCACCAAAGUCUAAAUGUAAUGGUAUUGAAUGGACUUUAUGGGACCGUUUUGAAAUAGAAGGUGAACUUACACUUGGGGAAUUUAUAAAUUACUUUAAAGAAAAAUAUGCACUGGAAAUUACUAUGGUUUUCGAAGGAGUUUGUUUGUUAUACUCCUCUAGAAUGGCCAAAGAAAAGAAAGAAAAGCGGAUCAAUACUAAAAUAUCUGAAAUUUCAUGUCAUAUGUUCCAAAAAAAGAUUGAACCUCAUGUCAAAUCAUUAGUUUUUGAUAUAUGCUGCAACAACUCUGAUGGAAAAGAAGUGGCAGUACCAUCUGUAAAGUACCAUUUGCCAUCAGAUUUUGAAUAUUAAAAUGUAAGUAAUUACAUAAUACAGAGUGUCCUACGAGGAUUCGACAAAUGCCAUAACUUUUAUUCUAUACAAUAAUUUUGAGAUACAUUUAUUUUAAAUGAUUAGUAUGCCUCAGCGGUACAGUUUAUAUAUAAACAUUUUUUUUUUAGGGGGAGGGGGAUUUAAAUAAAAGAUUUAAAACUCUACUAUAAUUUUCUAUGGUUUUCCAAAGUUUUUGCAAUUGUGAAUAUUACUUAUUGUGAUUAUUCAGUUAUCAGUUAUUAGUCAGAAUUUUCUUUUCCAUGAGUUAAUAUCAUGCAAUAAUAUUGUCAUAUUAGAGUUAUGAGGUAGUUUCAAUUAACAAUAACGGUAAUUUAUGUUAAUAAACAAUAUUGUUAUGGUUAAAAAAAAAUUACUCAAAUUUUAAAAAAAUUUGGGAAAAUAAAAGACCAUACUUUAGCAAAAGUGUCAACCACCAAAAUUUUUCUAAAAAUCUAAAAAAUGAGGUGUAAUAAUUUUUAAAAAAAAAUGUAUAUCAAAAAUAUUGAAUAGAACAUAAGUUAUUGCAUUUGUCGAAUCCUCUUGGAACAUUCUGUAUAUAAGUUCUCUAUUUGAAUUAAUAAUGCAAAUAAAAAUGUUGUGAAUGUAAAUUAUUAUUAUUAUUUUUUUUCAGGGAACUUGUCAAACCAUUCAUUUUUGAAAGGAAUAUUCAUAUCGGAAUUUUUUAAUAUUUUAAUACUAUAAUUUGAAAUUUAAUAAUAUUUUUUCUUUUUUAUUCUAUUAUAACAUAUUUAUAAUUUGAGUAUUUACCGACAAUAAUUUUACAAGAAAAGAAUAUGAAUAUAUAAUAUAUAUCUUUUUUUUUUGUUAACUUUGCCCUAUCCAAUUUAUAUUUAUAUUGAUAAUAGUAGAAAAAAUGUGCAUUUUUUUUAUAUACUUAGUUAUGAAUAAUCACCUUUCUAUUUAUUAAAACAUAGUUAAAACAUUAGUUUUUUGUAAAAGUUCAUAUUCUUACAAAAAAAAUGUAGUGCCUAUGUCAUCAAAUAUUAUAUUAAUACAUAUUAAAAGUGAAAAUUGAACUUUUGUAUAUUUUGCUAAUAUGUAACACAUUUAUUUAGACAAACAUAAAAAUAGAGAUGUAUAUUAUCAUAUAGUUAAUGUAAUUUUUAAAUAAAUAAACAUUUGGUAAUGUUUAAUAUACAUCUAAAAAUGUUAUUUUUGUAUGGAUGCUCUAAAUAUAUUUAAAUAAGUAAUACCUUUCGAUCAAAAAAAAAAAAAAACCCAAUUAUUACUUUCUCUUCAUUAUAAUCAAUUUAACAAAAACAUUUUAUUUUAUGAAAAUUUGUUACUUGUAUAGUUGUAUGCCAUUAUUGUCCAUUUUAUAAUAAUGUGAACUUAAGGUUUUUCCUAUUAUUUGUACACAUCACAGCAAGUAAAACAUUAAAAUAUUAACUUUUUAUGUAUUUUGAGAAUCAUAAGAAAAUCAAGUCAGAAUUCUCUGUCAGGUUAGCUAGAGCCUAGAAUAUAACAUCUAAACAAAUUAUUCAUUGGUUCUAUUAUUCUUAAUCCAGUAAGUAUAUAGAUUUUAUUUAAAUGAUAAAUAACCAAUUUGAAAUGCACAAACAUAAAACAGUUUGUUUAUCAAACUGGCUUGAAUUAUGACAUUUAGGUUUUUAUGUUAGAUUAUUUAUCUAUCUUGAAUGUAAAAAAAAUAUUUUAUAUAUUUUUUUGAAACUUAUGAGUUCAAAUAAAUAAAUUCAACAAAUUUAAAUUUAUGUAAUAUACAUUCAAUUAUAUUAAUUUUUGGUGGGUUUAAUAAAUAAUGUUUUUCGUUUCUGUUUCUUCCGUAUUACGUAAAUUUCAUGGAAUUUUAAUCUGAGUAAACUUUAGCGAAUAUUUUUUUUGUUCUUCUGGUAUUGUUUUAUCUAUAAAAAAACCAAGUAUUAAUUGAAAACUAUAACAAUUUAAAUUAUUAAGCUAAUUUUAGAAAAUAUAAUUAAUCUAAUUUACCUAUAUUAUUUUAUUUAUAUCAUAUGUUUCUCAGGGUGUUACUAAUUUUUCGGCUAUUUUAUAAAUUCGUUCUGCUAGUUUUAAACUGGCCAAUCCCUUCAUAUUUUUCUUUUCCCCCCGUGCACGGUCUCAGUUUUAAUUUUACCUAAACAAAAAAUAAGUUGUAAUAAAGAGUUAUAAUAUUAUAUUUUUAGUAAUAAUUAUUAAUUUUACUAAUAUAGUCUUAACUGGUACAUGUGUUCUUUCGGGUAAUUAUUCAACUUCUAUAUUUUCAUCAAAUGUACUCUACCUCCUUAUUAGGAGUAUCUCAUAAGUAUAACAACUCAUCAUCAAGAUGUUUUUAUAAGCAUAAAACUUCAAUAUUUUGUUUAGUUGGAUCAUAAAGUUGAUAUUUCAUUUCAAUACCUAAUUAUACAAUUUUUUAUGCUUGUCUCUUGGUAAAAUAUGAUAAGAAAAUAUGUAUAUAUUCCCUCACCUAUAUGCUUUAUAAAAUUUCUAAGGGUAAAAUUAGCUCUAAGACCAUAUCCUAAAUGUUGUAUAGAUAUACCAACAAAGCAAGUAGCUUUAUUAGGAGCAUAUUAGUUAGAUGAUGUGUAACAGCUAGUUCAUUUUCAUGAACAUUUUUAAAAAAAUUGAAAACUUUAUAAUUUCUUAAUUCUUAUAAAAUAAAUUUCUUGAUAUUAUAUAGUUAUACCUAGUUUAUUUAACCUUCAUAAUUAUACUUAAAGCUAUGCACUUGUAUUACCAUUCAUCCAUUUGAAUAUUAUGGUAUUCAAAUUGAACAUAAUAUAGGAAAUCUAAAAUAUAAAUAAAUUGAUCUCUGUAAUAAAUGUGCAUUUUUUUUUUUAUUAUUAAAAAUGUUGUAUUUUUACUUCAUUUUAAAUGUUAGCUCAUUGAGUGUGUAAACAUUUUCUUACAAUUAUUGAUUUUUCCAUUUUUUUGUGAUUUAUUGUUUGUUAUUGCUAGAGGAAUAGAUGGCUAACAGAGGCAUAAAUAGAAAUAUUUUUUAGAGUAGGCUAGAUAAAACAAUGUAAAUAUUUGGAUGAGAAAGAUUACUCACGAAACUGUUAGAUUUUAAAAUUGUGUUAAUUUUGGAGAAAUUUGGUUAGCCUUGGACUAACCAGGCCUGCACACAGGCUAUGCCACUGAUGGCUAACAGUGAUUUUUAGCAGUAAUAGUUGUUAGGCAUACUUAAUGAGUGCAUCAUUUGAUUAAUCACAAUCACAUGUUGCCAGGUUAGGAUUUAUAAAGCCAAAAUCAUCUAGAAAUUUUCUCAUCUAUCCGAGCAAUUAUAAAGACAUUCAUUUAUGAUUAUUUAAGAAUAAUAAUCAAUUAGUUUUUUUACAGCAAGUAGUUAAUGAUAUUAUUGAACAUAUUGCUAACUUCAUUAUUCGUAAACUAACAACUUAAUUAAUUUGUGAUGAUUGCACUAAAGUUUUAACUCGAACUCAUUCUGAAUCUGGAUCAUUAAUAACCAUAAAUAACCGAAUUAACUAUUCACUAGUGAAUACAUAAUUUAUUAUACAACGUUUACGAGCAUUAAGCGUUAAAUUAUUGCAUAGGCAAAUCAUUUUUUUUUUUACUUUGGUAACACCCCUAAUACAAAAAUUAUUGUAUCUCUAUCCUUAUCAAUUUUCUGACAACUAUCUGUACUCAAUUUUUGUAUUAGAGAUGUUACCAACAUAAAAAAAAUAAUCUGUCUAUACAAUAAUUUAAAUGCCUAAUGCUCGUAACCCUUGUAUAAUAAAUUAUUUAUUCACUAGUGAAUAGUUAAUCCAUCUCGGUUAUUUAUGGUUAUUAAUGAUCCAGUAAAUAAGUUAAAGAUAUAAAACCGUAAAUAGUAAUGGAUUUUAAGUAUAAAAAAACCUGUUUGGUAUGCUAUGCUUAUGACUGUUAAUACUGUUUCAAUUAAUACCAAAUUUAUACGUUUAAUAUAUUUAAGUAGAUACAUGAUGUUUUUUUUUUUAUCAAAGAUAAAUGGAAUAUGUAUUAUAUUAAAGUAUGAAUUAAAUUUGUUUACCUAAAUAAUAUAAUCUAAAUAGUUAAAACAAUUUAUUUUUUGAAACAAAAUUUUAUUCUUAUGUCAAUGAGUUUUAAAAAAAACUUUAAUUUUGAAAUGUAUUCAUUUUUAUACACUUAACAGGCUUAUAACAAUUCUCAAAAAACAUAUUUAUUUUAGUUAAAUCGAUAUGCAUAGAUAUAAUAUUUUAACAUAGAUAUAUAAUGUAAAAACUGAUUAUUUCUAAUUGUAUAAAAUUAAUAAUUUCUUAUUAAUGUAAUUAAUUAAAUUUUAGAUAUCUACAAAACAUAGGUGAUCAUUUUUUUAGACAUCCCAAUUGUAUUCUAUUCUUUUAAAUUUAAAUGCAAAUACUUAAUAAACUGAUAAUUCAAUAGUUACAUAACAACAUUUUGGAAAAUAAGUAUGUAAAAAAUAUGUCCACACAUCAAAUCAGUGCACUCUAGUUCAUGGUCAAAAUAUCCUGUAUACAUAAUCCAAAAAAAGUCGAAGUAAAAAAUUAAAAUUAAAAAUUAAAAACAAUGAAAUCGGUAACGCCGUAGUGCAAUUAUUUUGAAAAUCCCUUGGUAAAUAAAAAAAUCUCUCUAAUGUACUAACUAGAUAAAAUUUAAUUUCAGAAAAGGUGCUAUACAUAUGAGUAAGAUUUCUGGUAGAAACGUUCACAGACCCACAAAAAAAAAAAAAAAAAAAAUCAACUUACAUCGUAAUAAAACCAGUAAAAACGAAAGUUUACAAAUAAAUGAUUUUAACACUUUUUUAACAUUUGCAGUAUUUAUGUUGAGGAAAUGAUAGAUAGGUAUGCUAAGACAUAUAUUAUAGAAUUGUUAUCUAUAAGUGCUUUGAAUUGUCGGUAAUUCAACUAUAAAAAAGUAUUGAGUUGUCCAGAGUGAAAUGGUUUCCCUCUAAAAAUAUUCUGGCUUAUACCUUAAUUAGACGAAUAAAUUUAAACACGGGACUGUUUGUAUAUUUAUUUGAAAGUGAAAAUUGUUGAGUUGAUGAAUUCCGAUUUUUUUUUAAAUGUGUGUGAAAAUAGCCUUUAUGCAACCUCUUAUGUACGGGUGGUAUCACGACGUCCUAUUAAUAUUAAGAUAUAUUAAGAUAUGAUCGGUACCUCGUACUCAGUAAUUCCUCAAUUAUUUGUUUAGUUAUUUAUUUAUAAUCCAAUAGUUACAGAGUUUAAUACCAUGGCGUAGUUAUAAUCCUAAAACGACAAAUAAUUGUAUUAGACAAGUAAAUAACGGAAAUAAAAAUAAAUACCAUAAUGCAGAGCCUUAUUAUUGUCGUUGCUGUAAAACCCGCAAAAACGAAAAACAAUACCUGACCACAAUAUUUUUUAAUCUUUGUGCUAUUAUUUCUAUUAAAUGUUUUGUACAGAGCGAUCCUCAGAAUCACCUAUACGUACAUUUCGAGUUAAUAUCAUUCGUUGAUGUUAUUAUACUAUUCAUGGGGGCCAAAUUUGUAAACAGGUCUUGUAAAGUUUCUUGAUAAAAGCAAUAUAUUACGGACAAAAUAGAUUUUGUCAUGAAUACAGAUCUCGUGAUCUAAAAGAUAUAAUAAAUUGAAGUAUUAUUAUUUAUCAUUAUAUUAUUACUCGUAUCAACCACGGUUUUAGAUAGUAUUCUCAAAAGCCGUAUUAACAACAAUAUCAUAACGGGCAAUGGACAUAAACAUUAGCUUGAGGCGUUCGGGUUAUUUAAACCAUAAAUAUAUAAUAGACAUAUUAUAUGUAAACGAUUUAGACCAUCAUAGAUAAUAAAAACUAUGUCGAAAAUAAAAAACCAUGUAAAAAAACCAUUGUUACAAUACGCUGUUUAUAGUUACACCGAAUAACAAUAAUUAAUUUUUAUAAUGAGAUUAUAUAUAGGUAUAGAUGAUUAGAUUUUACCACAAAAUUCUGAGAUUCAUUAUUUUAAUCUGGGAGGGCUAUGGAAAUAUUUAGAGGCGCUGAGUCCUCCAAGACCCCCUAGUUACGUCUAUGAUAUUAUUAUAGACAAAGGCGGGCAUUAGCUUGUUAAAGUUAAGUUAAAAUUAAGUCGAAAAGUACAAUUUUUAGCUUUUUAAUUUAACUUGUUAGUUGUUUUUGUUUUUAAUUUAUUAAAUUUUUCAGUUAAACUUUGUAUUAUUAAUUUAGCUUAAAUUUUUAUAGUUAAUUAUCAUUAUUGCACAGUUAAGUUAGUUUUAGUUGUUUUUUUUUUGUCACGUGGAACCAACAGUCAAAAAAAAAUCUUUUGAUUUUGGUAAUUUAUUUUUUAAUAAUAUAAUAUCAUCAAUUCAUAAUUAUUAGACUAUAUUUUAAUUUAUACUAGUAAAUAGUUAUAAUUAGUAUACUAUUUUUUGAACGGACGGGCUAUUUUCACGAGUUUUAUCUAAUGAUCUACUCAGUAUUGAAUAAUUUGAGAUGAAAUUUUUACUUAAACAUAACAAAUAUCUUAAUUGUUCAUUUUUAAUUUUAAUUAUAUUGAAAUUCUUAAAGCUUAUUUUUUUCUUCCAAAAGUAUGAAAUUUUCCUGUUGUAAUUUGCUGGCUGUAAGUGUUAAGCUGAUAAUUUUAAAUCAUGAAUUGUUUUUAUUGUUAUUGUUAUUUGUUAUUAUAAUUAUUAUGAUACAGCUUUACACUUUACAGGUAGUAAAUACAGUUAGAGUCUGACUGAAUAAUGUUAUAAAUAAAUUAUAAAAUUUAAAUAUGAAAUAUUAUUUAUUUUUGGUAUUAUAAUGUUUUAAAAACAAUAUUAUAUUGGCAUGUGAGCUACUUCAAGUACUUCAGGUACUAGGUACCUAUCACUCUAUAAGUACUAGGUAUGCAUUAUUUUUUUUGUUAAAUACUUUUAAUUAAUUUUUUUUACAAAAAUAUUUUAAUAUUUUGUACAGUGUAUUUUCAUUUCAUAAAUUAUGAUUUGAUCUAGUUAAUCAAAUAGUUGUAUUAUAGAUUUUUAAGGAUAGUUACCAUUAUGGUGGUUUUUAAGAUAAUGGAAAUGGGUACAACCACUGUUAUAGGUAAUUUAACGUAUACCUGUAAACAACGAUAAACCAUUGCUAACGAUAAAACGAUUCUGAGUGGAGCUCAAUUGAUAAUGAUGCUUUGUUAUAUAAUAGUAAAAUAAUUAAAUAAACAUUAUAUAGUUUCUUUAAUAAUAUUUAUUUAAUGUUGCACCGCUAUUCGAGUUUUUCCUAUGUAAUAUUAUUUUUUAACUAAUUCAUACAUUUCUUAAAUUUUCCUAUUUUUCUUUGUUUUUUUCUGUUUUUCAUAUUUGAUGAGAAAAUUCCUGAGAAAAUUGAAAAAUUACCUUUCUAAAGUACCUCCCAACGCAACAUAUUUGUAAAACCAUAAGCUUCUUUGCUCCACUCAGAAUCUAUAAUAUGAAUAUCAGUUGUUCUUUGAUUAAUGGACUACAGUUCCCAGAAAAUAAAGACUAAUGCAUGUACCAUAUUGGAUACGCUAUAUUAUAGAUAGCUUAAUGCAGAAAGGACAUAUUAUUUUCAAAUUGUUUAUAAAAAGACCAACAUAUUUCACAUGUAGGUGGGUCACACUGUGUUUAUUUUGCUUAAAAAAUUUAAUAAUUUGAACAUAUUUCUUUCCUCUACUUUUAGACAUUUUAAGUGGUUCACUUUUAACCAAAUAAGUUCAAACUUAGGUUUAGAGUUGUUUGCUUGGCAGAUUAAAGUGAUAAAAGUUGGGUUAAAUUUCACUAUGUUGUUGUGAGGGUAGGAUAUUUUCUAGUUUUAAACAUCCCUAUAGACACCUUAAAAGAAGCCAGGGCAUAACAUUUUGUAUAUACAUGACGUUAGUAUCAAUGAUCUGCCUUUUGGGAGUUACAAUUUUCAACCUAUUUGUAUGAUUAAAUUUAAGUAUUUAAUGUAUUAUUUAUUACUAUACUAUAAAAUAGGAAUUUGGCUCUAGUGACAAAGUUCUGUAGUUCAUGGGUGUUUUUUUCUGUUUGUUAUUUAUUUUUUUUUUUUGUAGAUAUGUACCCAGAAUUAAAAUCACGGCUAUACCAGGGAGAUAUAAUGUUGCCUGUUUCCAGAAAUGCCAUAAUUUCAGAGUAUUACAAAUGGCCGAAAGCAGUUGUUCCGUAUACAAUACAUUUUAAUUUCAGUAAGUUAUAAUGUUUUUCACCAUGAGGGUGGCUACUAAGAGAUUAUUAAAUGUUUCAUCAUAGAAUGUUCAUUUUCUAAAAUUCUUAAAUCCUAAUUUAGAAAAAAAAAUUUCCUUAUCAAGUAUUUUAAUGGACCAAAAGUCACUUCAGUGAACAAAUGUAUGAAAUUCUAUUAAUUUUUGAUAAGUACACAGAAAGAAUAUAAAGGGUGAAAUUAGACUCCAAGUUCUUUUGUAGUUUUUUUAUUGGUGAAAAGUUUUCGGUAGAAACGUUGUUCACUUUCCCAAAAAUAUAAAAGAAAAAAAAAAGAAAUCGCACUUUUAUCAGAGCAAAACAAACACAUUCCUUGCUCCACUCGGAACCUAAUAUUCGUAAAGACUUGACAUUUUCAAUGAGUACUGUAAUUUGACUUUCCUGGACGUCGAAAAUUCUAGAGAUUUUUGAGCUGUUUACAGGCAUAAUAUGUUAUUUUCAAGUUUUUUAGUUAUAAUUUGGUGGUAUGAAGAUCAAAUUGUUUUAUCGAUCAAAAAUGUUUAAAGAUUUUAAGAGGUUUAUCAUAAGUUAGCUUAAUUUAAUAGUAUUUUUUUAUGUACACGUUUUAAGUUUAAAUUUUGACGAAAACCGUUAAAAUCAUAGAAUUUAAAAACAUGUUUAAUCAAACUUAACUUAGAUUGGGUAUUUCGUUAAUAUACAGAUAAAAAUUAAAUAACUGUGUAUAGAUACCGAUCCUAUCUUUUUAUUUUUCCUCCUACAAUAUGGACACACUCAUUAGCAGUAUCAGCUCUUUAUUUUUCGUUCACGUUAAAAGCUUUUUAACAGUAUUUAAAAAGGUUUAGCGUAAAUCGCGACUUUCGUGUAUGCAGCUUUAUAUUAUAUAAAUAUACUAAACGUGCCCGGCAAUGUUGGGAAAUCUAAUUUAAACAUUUUUCGUAUAUAGAUACGAAUAUCCUUUUCAAUAUGUUCAUCUGAUUGUCAUGUCACGAUACGAGAUUUGCCGUUAAAAUAUAUCGUUGACGGUUGACAUUUUAGUUAGGUACCGGUAAUAGUCCGAAAUUGAAUUAUUUUUGAAACGUUAAAUCACCGAAAAGUUGCAGACAAGUUUACCAAAAUUAAUAAAUUUCACGAAACCAACCGUCUCCCCAUGAAAAUGUCGAACACCAGUGUGCCAGUUAAUUAAUCAUUAAUCCCUAAAAUAUUUUACACAGAGUCAUUGGAAAUAGAUAAAAUUAUUAUAACACCUUAAAUAUAAUAACCCUAAUGUUUUUGUUUACAGCGGGUGGCACUACUAUGUAACAGUCAUCAAUAUCCUUAUGUAUCUACCUAUAUAUUUAAGACGUUGACCGAUAUAAUUAACUAACCACCGAAAAAUAAAUAAUAACAAUAAACGUAAUUUUAUCGGAUUUAUAUCACAAUAUAUCGUGUCUACAGCAUCAGACGAACGGUCCAAAAUCCGGUUGGCUAUGGACGCGAUCGAGUCUAGGACUUGUGUGCGGUUCGUGGACAAGAACAACAGCGCCGCGGUCGCGGAGGUCGGACACGCCGAGUACCUUUACAUAGUCCGGGAACGGACCCGGGGGUGUUACGCCAUGAUCGGUUAUCACCAGAAUUUUGGUUCGGCGCACACGAUGAACUUAGAAUCUCCGUCAUGCCUCACCCAUCAGGGCACUAUACAGCACGAGCUACUACACGUCCUCGGAUUGCUUCACGAGCAGGCCCGGCGAGACCGUGACAACGCGGUGAUUAUCUACUGGGAAAACAUUGACAAAAGUAACGAAACGAUUUUCGUAUUUUUAUUUUUCUUUUCAAAUUUUAGAUUCCGUGAUUGUAGUGCAGAGGAUUUAAUAUUAUUUUUGCUAAUAUGUGUGGUUUUUAAUGCGAAAACCAAUGUUAAUUUAUUAAUGUAAAAUCGAAACUUAAUAAAUACUUAAUACUCAAUAAUGAUAAUAAUUAAUUUUAAAGUUUGACGGUUACGAUUGUGACGAGCAUUCGCUACGCGGGGGGACACUCUUCGUUCGACGUCGUAUUAAUAUUAUAGACCUAAGACCCGCAGCGGGUCCAUAUUAUAAUUUGAGUAAGUUUCCGAAUUCGUUAACGUUUUUUCUAAUAUCAGGAGGAAAACUGGAGAAACCAGUAAAGUUAACCGCGGGCUCUCUCUCGGAAUCGUUUUUAGACGUUGUAACGAUAUAUCAUUGCAUUAGUAUCAACUGAAUUAUUACUCUGUGUAUGUCCUACAUAUAAAUAUAUACCUAGUACGACACCUAAAUGAUACCUUCCAGACUUUCUACCUACGAUAUAGUUAGGCCUAUUUUUUUCCCGUAUAAUACAAAAUGAUUACAAUUAUUAUUACUUAUUAUUACGCGUUACACUUGUUAUUUAUUAUUAUCAGUCUACCUACGCAAGUAUCAUUGUCAUAAUAUUAACGUUCGUUUUUCUUUGAUGCGGCUGCGGCGGAAGUGGGAGAAAGGGGAGCCAGACUCGAAAAUGUCAAUAAUAUUUAACCCAUCGUGGGCUGCGUCUUUUCUUUUGAUCUCCUCCGUAAAUUAUACAAUAUAUUAUUAUUACAUAAAUACCCUAUGCUCGCGGCGUUUAUUAGAACGUGGUAGGUACCUGUCUCUCUCGUAUUUAAACGCCGGCAAAAUGUAUAUAUAAAUAACCUCCGGCAGAACGUUAAAGUAUACCAUACCUAUACACUUGCAAUAUAAUAUUAUCAUCCGCAGACUCCAUCGCGGCAGCCGGUUCGCCCUUUCAUCUUUGUUUUUCCGUUUUCCGGAAGCAUAUUAUAGAUACGCCCAAGAACUUUGAUCGUCUCGUCGUUUCCGUGCGCGCCUCCGGGAAAUCGCUGCAGCGUAAAGUGUUUAUAGCAGCAGUAGCAGCGGUAGUAAUAAUAAUAAUAAUAAUAUUUAAUAAUAAUUCGUUUUCCGUAGUCUGGAAACGACAUCAUAUUGCGGGGGGGAAAUGUUUUCGAGUAAACGUUGUUAAUAUUUAUUAACGUCGUAGUACCUAUUUGUGUAUCUACCUACGCAUAUAAUAUAUGUGCAUAUAUAUAUAUAUAUUGAACGUGUCAAAAACAGUUAAUUUUGAUCUUAUAUUAUUCAUACGCGGAGAGCCGAAAAUAAACGUACAAUCUUUAAGAUUCGUACACCAAAGAAGGUUUAAUUAUAAUAUAACGGAAAUUGUGUUUUCCGCACACAGUUCUGAUGUUAUAACAAUAUCAUGUAUACAUGUGUUUAAUCCGGUAUCAAUUUCGUUAUUUUUCGCGUAGGCGCUCUUCAAACGGAUUUGAAUUAUUGAAAUAAUAAUUAUCACAUUUCUCAUAAAUCGUAAUUAUAAAAAAUAACCGCAUGCGGAAAAUCCGAAUUUGAAUACAAAAAUAAUACGUGGUAUGUAAAAAUUAUGUAUUUACAGCGAAACGUUUCCAAUAUAAUAUAUACAGAAGCUUAUUUGCAGUUGUAUUUAUCGGGGUUGGUCUUAUUUACUUUAUUGGGGGUAAACGAGCGCUUCGGUUUCGAAAAAGUCGGUUAGGACGGGGUUUAACUAGCCAAGUUCCGGGCUUAAAAAACUAAUACAAAUAUUUGGGAACAUUUGAACAUUUUCUUUCUCACUUUUUCAUAUUCGGGACUGUUUUCAUUUCGGAUUUGAACACCGACUACCCAUUCCGGCAUACAAUUCAGAAGCCGUUCAUCAUUGCAAAUAUUAUACAUUAAUUAUUGUCGAAUUGUGACUAUUGCAUUGUAUUGUAAAUACUAUGUCUGUUAUAUAUAUAUAUAUAUUAUUCCCGCCACUUUUGAACAUUUCUAGCGGCUCUUUCUAGACCAAAUGAGUUCAAAUUCGUGAAUAAGGUAAUUAACUGUAAAAGGCUGUAAAAUGAUAAAAGUUGGGUUGAAUUUCAAUAUGAAUUUUAACCGUGUUAGUGUGGAUAUAGGUUUGUUUUUUAGCUUUAUUCACUCCUACAGACUCCCGAUGAGGCCAGGGGAUGAAUUUUUGUAUAUGCAAGGCAUUAAUAUCAAGAAUGUGCCUUUUGAGGGUUUGUACUUUCAAUCUAAUUUCUACCAUUUGUGCGAUGCAAUUUCACAAUUUUUUUGGAAGUUGUAUAUUUAUAAUAAUUGCAGCAUAGUAUAACAAUUGUAUUUUUACAAUAUUCUGUUAUUUUUUUUCUUGAAAAGAAUAUAUACGUUUUGUAAAAAUCAACUGACGGAAAAUUGGACUCCAGCUCUCGGGUGUUUUUAUUUUUUUAUAUAGCCUUUUUUUUCAAAUCGAUUCCUUUUAUGUAUCGACUGGAUGAGUCGCAUACAAAAGGAUAGUAGGACGCAUUUCGAGUGUCUGAUCAAGAACGUAGAUCAAAUUUUUUUUGUACUAAGUUUACUUAUCGUAGUAUGUUUAAAUUGAUUGUACUCGGUUUACUUACUACACGUCCAUUUUCGGCACUCAGUUUACCGGACGAUAAUUCGUGCUUAAUAAUUUGACAUAAGUAGCUUUAGCCCCCCCCCUCCAUCCAAUUUUGUUUCACAUUCUGAGAUUUCGCUAUAAGUAUACUAUUUAAAUUUUACACAUUUUCUCCUAGUACGUUUUGGCCGUAUACGAAAAUAAUACUUUUCGCGAGAUAUGAUGUCUUAUACCAAAUACACUGAAUGCAAUGUGCGAUGUAUCAAUCGACCGUAGUUUACACAAGACUAAAAUGUAUAUUAUGUCAGUUCCUCACGGUCCACGUGCGGUUAUGAGCUAUAUUAUUCAUAAUACGUAUUGCACAUUCCGUUGGUUUCGGCGUAUUCCUUUCGUUUUUGUUCGCCACCCUUUUUCUACAGUCUGUAAAGCGUACUCCAAUUGUCAUUUCGCAAUGCGUGUGUACACCCAGAAUUAUAAUUUAUGUAAACCGUCCAAUAAUAUUAUUACAUCCGUUCGUCCGGAAACCUCAUUUAAUCACGAACAGAGAUUCCGGUUCAUUUCACUGACAAAUCGUCGGGUUCGGGAUAUUUUAAUUGGCGGCUAGUAUUGGCACGUUCUGUUUUAAUUGAAUUUCUUGUGUUUCGGGUUUCAGCAUAUUGGCCCGACUUUAACAAAGUGCCCGACAACGUCACGACCACAUUCGGGCUCCCCUACGACUACACCAGCGUGAUGCAUUACCCGCGGUACGCGUUUUCGAAAAACGGAAAGGAAACUAUCGUGGCCAAGGUAAGGUGACGGUUAUAACCGUUUUUAUCCACAUAAGGGAUGGAUGAGGGUUUAAUACGCGCAAUUUGACGACCAUAGUUCAUCGCUGGGAGAUAAAUCGUUUAUAUAAAUAUAUAUAUUAGUAUAUCGGAUAUAUUAACGAAACGAUUUUUGUUAGGAAUUCGGUUUUUGUGCUCCAAACAACAACUUAAUAAUAAUCUCAUUCCGAAACGGAAUAAUUUAUAUGAAUAGUGUAAAAAUUAAAAAAAUAUACGUACCGCUUUUCUGUCCCAAUGAAUACGUAAAUACGUAUAAAAAAAAGAAGAGAAAAAAAGAUAGUUUGUCAGUUUGUUUAUUUUUUCUUAAUUUAAACUAUCACAACAAAGAUCACUAUUAUUAGAAUAUUCCGAAAUGAUAUAAGAUAAAUUGAAAAUGUAUUUUAGAAUUAAACGAGUAAUAUUAAAAAUAAUGUAUUUUUAUAUCGGCAACUACUUUUUAGUGUUUUGUAAUAUUAUAUAUCCGUGUAUUUUUUUCAUUUUUGACUUGUGUACUCGGUCAAGUUGUGAAAUCAUUAUAAAUGUUUUUAUUACUUUCUAGUCUAAAAUUAGUACCAAUAUACGAUUCGUUAAGUAUAAAUAACUCGGUUUAUGUACGUAUAUAGUUUUUUUGAACGAUUGCAAAGUUAUUACAAUAAAUUUAAAUAAUGUAUAAUUUUACCGUAAUACUAUAUUAUUGUUGGCGAGCGAUUUUAUCGAAUUUUCCAUAACGUGACGAAGAAAAGAAAAAUGGCGACCCUUAACUAAACUUUGAAAUUCAAUUAACGACCCCGCUCUUGAACGAGCCGUUGUAUAUUUUCGUCGUCGAAAAUCGAUGGAAAAGUUUAUCUUCAAUUAUUAUAUACGAAAAAACUCUAUUGGGAACGGUCGCGGGUAGGACCGUCUGACGAGUGCUCGAAGCAGACUUUUUCGCGAGAAAAGCGACGAAUACGGCAGAUUGACUAAACGUAGUAGGCGAUUUUGAUACCGAUUAAGAAUCCAAGAAAUUUUAAAAACAUAAAAUCAUUAAUCGUGGAUAUGUUUUCGGGCUCAGAAGAUGAUAUGACUAAAUUAAACCUACUUCAAUUUCAAAAUAUCCUCUCCGUGCUCUCACUGCUCUUUUCUUCCACCAUCAUACCAACGUUUUCGGCUUAUUUCGCUUUCCGCUCCAGCCUAAUUUUUUCCUUCCAUAUACCUACAUUUCAUUAACGAUUUCUUUUGUCUCCCAUUCUAUACCUCUUCAUUUCUUCCACUUUAAAGACUAUUACUUACUCCUUCUCCUCCCAUCCACUUACGAUCAUUUCUCGGUAUUGCAAAUGUUCCGAUUUAUAACUUACUAUCGAUAACGCUAAUUAUUAAUAGAUACCUAGGUUAAAAUUUAUUAUGAUUCAGAACAGCUGGUCAGAAUUUUUUGCUGUUAAGAUUUUAAUACUAAAAGUAUAAUAUAGUUUAAUUAUGUUUUGUAAAACAUUAUUAUUAAUUUGUUUAUUGUUAUUGCUAGUGUAUUUUUACGGGGCGUUGUGUUGCGUAGUGUUGCAAAAUCGGUCUCGUGACAAAAAAAAAUAUGUGUUUAGCCCAAAACCAUAUUAACGAUAAAGUGAGGGAAUACAUUUCGAAAAAUAAAUUAACUGUAGAAAAAGUCUUUAGAAUAAGACAGUUAAGUUUUACAAAGUAAAUAAUGUUUAAACUACAAAUAGGAUUUUUUUUUAAUAAUUAGUACUAUUAGUAGUUGUAAACGACAAAAAAAUGUAAAAUCCAAAAUUUACACAAAGAAGCAAAAUAAAACGUUAUGUAUAUUCUUUUACCUACAAAUCAAAUGUACCUACUGUAUAGAAAAUUUCGUUUUCAAACUAGUACAAAUUAGCAAAUAUGCCUUGAAAAUCCGCGGUAGAUACUAUGAUACAUUAACCGAUGGAAUAAUUAGAUUUGGGUAGUCGAAUAAUAUUUUCGUUUUUUCGAUUAAUAUUAUGUAUAGAAUAUUUUAAUCAUCGACCGAUAAAAACAAUAACAAUAAUUGUAAUAAACAAAAAUAGAAAAAUAUAGUCUUAUAAAUAGCCAAUGGUAUUAUUUUUUUUUUUUUUUUAAAAAAGAUAAUGAGUAGUUUCGGCCAUAGGCCAUCGUCAGGUUAUGAAAAAAUAAUAAAUAAAUCAUGAAUACUGCAGUAACAAAGAUUAAUGGCAAGAUUUAUGUAGGUAUGUAUGUAAUUUCACCAUUAAUCAUUGUUACUGUAUUCGUGAUUUAUUUUUUUCUGUAACCUGAUGAUGGUCUGUGGUCGAAACUAGUUACCUUUUUAAAAUAAUACUCCUUCGGUUAUUAUUUUUUUAAACAAUAAUAAUAUUGAUCAGCAAUACCGACGAAAUUUCUAGCGAUUCGAAAUAUAAACACUUAAAUUAAUUUUGCAAUUUAUGUAUAUUUUUUUUCGGUUCAAGCAUGACACCAGCAUGAAACUCGGACAGAGGGCCGGGGCCACGGUUAACGAUUUGCGGAAAAUCAACGCGAUGUACAAUUGCAACAUGGGCGAACACUAUCAGCGCCAAAGCGACGACUACUCAAGUCCGCUUUAUAUUUUAUAGGUCCGAGGACGAGGGAUGGUUUUAAAAAAAUAUAUAUAUCUGUUAAAUUGUAUGCAUACACCGAUGUUCAAUUAAAAAUAUAAACAAAACAAAAAAAUAAAAUACUCAAUCUAAUUAUUAG